CAACUACACAUAAUUGUAAAUCGUAUCCAAAUCAUAAAGUUGAUGAUGACAUGAGGCAUCAAAAAGAUGGUUUGGGUUUUUAUAUUUAAAAUAACAUGUUUUUUUCCUCCCUUUUAAAUUAAAAUAGAAAAGUGGACUAUAAAGUAAGUGCUCGUGGACUGUCAAUUAUGGUAUCCUGUCUUCCCCUUGCCAGCAUAUUGAUGUAGCAUACCUAGAAUCAGAUCUACAAAUACGUAAGACAUUUUAUCAAAAGAGGAUUAUAAAAAAUAUUUGUAAGUUUUACUACAUUAAAGUAAAAAAAUUUAUUGUUGUAAAACAUAAGUUGCAAAACAUUUGCCAUUUUAACCAUUUUUAAGUGUACAAUUCAAUGAUGUUAAUUACAUUUGCCGUGUUGUACAACCAUCACCACCAUCCGUUUCCAAAUGUUUUUCUUCACCCUAAAUAGGAACUCCGGGGGAGAUGAGAGGGCAGAGGGAGUCAGAAGCUGGCCGAAUGGACAUGAAAAUAGAGAGUAGAGAGGAGUGUGCUGUCUCAUUAGGGGGAGAGCAAUUGGGAGUAUAAGCAAGAAAUCAGAGAACAGUCUGCAGAAGAGGAUGCUGAAGCAGAAGUGGACAGCAAACAGCCAGUUCCACCUCUUCAGAGUUCUGUGUCUGAGGAGUCUGCCAACUCCAUGGUCUCUGUUGGUGUGGAAGCCAAACUCAGUGAACAGCUCUGCGCUUUUUGUUACUGUGGUGAAAAAAGUUCCUUAGGACAAGGAGACUUAAAACAAUUCAGAGUAACGCCUGGGUGUAUCUUGCCGUGGAAAAACCAACCUUCUAACAAGAAGGACAUUGAUGACAGCAGCGGUGGAACCUGUGAGAAAAUACAGAACUCAGCAGCACUGCGGAAACAGAGAGGACAGAGAAAAGAACGAUCUCAGCAGAGUAUAACAUCAUGUGUAAGUGUAAGCACCCAGACCGCUUCAGAUGAUCUGGCUGGUAAAUUAUGGGAUGAACUUAGCCUAGUGGGCCUUCCAGAUGCCAUCGAUGUCCAGGCCUUAUUUGAUUCUACAGGCACUUGCUGGGCUCAUCACCGUUGUGUGGAGUGGUCUCUGGGAGUAUGCCAGGUGGAAGAACCAUUAUUGGUGAAUGUGGACAAAGCUGUUGUCUCAGGGAGCACAGAACGAUGUGCAUUUUGUAAGCACCUUGGAGCCACUAUCAAAUGCUGUGAAGAGAAAUGUACCCAGAUGUACCAUUACCCUUGUGCUGCUGGAGCUGGCACCUUUCAGGACUUCAGUCACUUCUCCCUUCUUUGUCCAGAACACAUUGACCAAGCUCCUGAAAGAUCAAAGGAAGAUGCAAACUGUGCAGUGUGCGACAGCCCGGGAGACCUUUUAGAUCAGUUCUUUUGUACCACUUGUGGUCAGCACUAUCAUGGAAUGUGCCUGGAUAUAGCGGUUACUCCAUUAAAGCGUGCAGGUUGGCAAUGUCCUGAGUGCAAAGUGUGCCAGAACUGCAAACAAUCGGGAGAAGAUAGCAAGAUGCUAGUGUGUGAUACAUGUGACAAAGGGUAUCAUACUUUUUGUCUUCAACCAGUUAUGAAAUCCGUACCAACAAAUGGCUGGAAAUGCAAAAAUUGCAGAAUAUGUGUAGAGUGUGGCACACGGUCUAGUUCUCAGUGGCACCACAAUUGCCUAGUAUGUGACAGUUGUUACCAACAACAGGAUAAUUUAUGUCCUUUUUGUGGGAAGUGCUACCAUCCAGAAUUUCAGGAAGACAUGCUUCACUGUAGUGUGUGUAAAAGGUGGGUUCACUUAGAAUGUGACAAACCAACAGAUCAUGAACUAGAUUCCCAGCUGAAAGAAGAGUAUAUCUGCAUGUACUGUAAACACUUAACAGCCGAAAUGGACUCAGUACAGCCAGGCGAUGAAAUGGAGGUGGCUGAACUCAGUACAGAUUUUAACAAUGAAAUGGAAGUUGAAGGACCUGAAGACCAUAUGGUAUUUCCGGAGCAAGCAGUUAGUAAAGAUGUCAAAGGUCAAGAGUUCAUACCUGGAAUUGUUCCAGACGCAGUUGAAGUCCACACUGAAGAGCAGCAGAAAGCAGCAGAAAGCCUGGGCACAGAUUGUCUUCUCAUUUCUGAAUCAUCUGAAAAUAAAAUGAAUCUGGAAUUGGAAAAUCAGAUUUCUCAUGAAGUUAAUAGUGAAAAACUGGAAACGUCUUCUAAAGGAAUGUGUAUUUGUGAUGAAGAUCAAGAUGAAAACAAAAUGGAAGUGACAGAAAACAUCGAAGUCAUUGCACACCAGAACACUGUGCAGCAAGAAGAACUACAGUCAUCAGAGGACCCUGAAAUGCUGGUGUCCCCAGAAGAAUCCAGGCCUCCAAAAUUAAGCAAUGAAUCCGUCUCCGUUCCACCAGAAAUCUUAACGUCCCCAUCUGAGGAAAGUACUUCGUUAUGUUCUAAGGAACAAUUGCUUACAGAAAGGUUACAAGAAGAAUUGGAACAGAAAGAAAAUUCUGAAUCUUCCACUGUGUUUAUGAAAUUUGAAAUGACUCCUGCAGUCGAGGGUUAUGUAAAAGAUAGUUCGUGCCAAGGAGACACAUCUUUAAAAUUACCGUCUGAGACAGAGUCAUCGUUUUCAUCAGCAGCAGGCAUAAGCAAGGCAAACGUGUCUUCCCCUCCAGCCCACUCUUCAGACUUGCCUUCACAUGACGUGCUGCAUAGUUACCCCUCAACUCUCAGUUCUUCAGCUGGAAACAUCAUGCCAACAACUUACAUCUCAGUCACUCCAAAAAUUGGCAUGGGUAAACCAGCUAUUACCAAAAGAAAAUUUUCUCCUGGUAGACCUCGGUCCAAACAGGGGGCUUGGAGUACCCAUAAUACAGUGAGCCCACCUUCCUGGUCCCCAGACAUUUCAGAAGGUCGGGAAAUUUUUAAACCCAGGCAGCUCUCUGGCAGUGCCAUUUGGAGCAUCAAAGUGGGGCGUGGGUCAGGAUUUCCAGGAAAGCGGCGACCUCGCGGUGCAGGACUGUCAGGACGAGGUGGCAGAGGCAGAUCAAAAUUAAAAAGUGGAAUUGGAGCUCUUGUGUUACCUGGGGUGUCUACUGCAGAUAUUUCAUCAAAUAAGGAUGAAGAAGAAAACUCUAUGCACAAUACAGUUGUGUUAUUUUCUAGUAGUGACAAGUUCACUUUGCAUCAGGAUAUGUGUGUAGUUUGUGGGAGUUUUGGCCAAGGAGCAGAGGGAAGAUUACUUGCCUGUUCUCAGUGUGGUCAGUGUUACCAUCCGUACUGUGUCAGUAUUAAGAUCACUAAAGUUGUUCUUAGCAAAGGUUGGAGGUGUCUUGAAUGCACUGUAUGUGAGGCCUGUGGGAAGGCUACUGACCCAGGAAGACUCCUUCUUUGUGAUGAUUGUGACAUAAGUUAUCACACCUACUGCCUAGAUCCUCCAUUGCAGACAGUUCCCAAAGGAGGCUGGAAGUGCAAAUGGUGCGUUUGGUGCAGACACUGUGGAGCCACAUCUCCAGGUCUAAGAUGUGAGUGGCAGAACAAUUACACACAGUGUGCUCCUUGUGCCAGCUUGUCUACAUGCCCAGUCUGCUAUCGACACUACAGAGAAGAAGAUCUUAUUCUACAGUGUAGACAGUGUGAUAGAUGGAUGCAUGCAAUUUGUCAAAACUUAAAUACCGAGGAGGAAGUGGAAAAUGUAGCAGACAUUGGUUUCGAUUGUAGCAUGUGCAGACCCUAUAUGCCUACAUCAAAUGUGCCUUCCUCAGACUGCUGUGAAUCAUCACUUGUCGCACAAAUUGUCACAAAAGUAAAAGAGCUAGAUCCACCCAAAACCUACACCCAGGAUGGUGUUUGUUUGACCGAAUCAGGGAUGACUCAAUUACAGAGCCUCACAGUUACAGUUCCAAGAAGAAAACGGUCAAAACCAAAGUUGAAAUUGAAAAUUAUAAAUCAGAAUAGUGUGGCUGUCCUUCAGACCCCUCCAGACAUCCAGUCAGAGCAUUCAAGGGAUGGUGAAAUGGAUGAUAGUAGAGGAGCUCUGUUGGUGCAAUGGUCAAGCAACUUAACUGCUAAACCAAAAGAAGGAGAACUUAUGGAUUGUGAUGGAAAGUCCGAAUCUAGUCCUGAGCGGGAAGCUGUGGAUGAUGAACCUAAGGGAGCAGAAGGAGCAGAGGGUGCCAAGAAAAGAAAAAGGAAACCAUACAGACCAGGUAUUGGUGGAUUUAUGGUACGGCAAAGAAGUCGAACAGGGCAAGGAAAAACCAAAAGAUCUGUGAUCAGAAAAGAUUCCUCAGGCUCUAUUUCUGAGCAGUUACCUAGCAGAGAUGAUGGCUGGAGUGAGCAGUUACCAGAUACUCUGGUUGACGAAUCUGUUUCUGUUACUGAAAGUACAGAAAAAAUAAAGAAGAGAUACCGAAAACGGAAAAAUAAGCUUGAGGAAACCUUCCCUGCCUAUCUACAAGAAGCUUUUUUUGGAAAAGAUCUUCUAGAUACAAGUAGACAAUACAAGCUGGGUUUAGAUAAUUUAUCAGAAGAUCCAGCUCAACUUUCAUGUAAAACAAACAUGAACACGAAUUUCUUGGAUCCUUCCUUAGAUCCACUGCUUCCUUCAUCCUCAACUCCAGCAAAACCUGCGACUCAAGGUACUGCUGAUGACCCAUUAGCUGACCUCUCAGAAGUAUUAAACACAGACGAUGACAUCCUUGGAAUAAUUUCAGAUGACCUAGCAAAAUCAGUUGACCGUUCUGCUGGAAUAGAUAUUGGCCACGUCGCUGAUGACCCUUCUUCUCUGCCUCAGCCAAGUGUCAGUCAGAAUUCACGACCACUAAGUGAAGAGCAACUAGAUGGAAUCCUCAGUCCUGAACUAGACAAAAUGGUCACAGAUGGAGCAAUUCUUGGAAAGUUAUAUAAAAUUCCAGAGCUUGGAGGAAAGGAUGUUGAGGACUUGUUUACUGCUGUGCUUAGUCCUGCGACCACUCAGCCAGCUCCAUUACCACAGCCCCCACCCCCAUCACAGCUGUUGCCAAUACACAAUCAAGAUGUGUUUUCACGAAUACCACUCAUGAAUGGCCUUAUUGGACCCAGCCCUCAUCUCCCACAUGAUUCAUUGCCUCCUGGAAGUGGAUUGGGAGCUUUCUCUGCAAUACCACAGACCCCUUACGCUGAAGCUAGGGAUAAAAACCCAGCAUUUAAUCCAAUGGUGAGUGAUCCUAAUAGCUCUUGGGCAUCAUCAGCUCCCACUAUGGAAGGAGAAAAUGAUACAAUGUCAAAUACCCAAAGAAGUACACUUAAGUGGGAGAAAGAGGAAGCUUUGGGUGAAAUGGCAACAGUGGCACCAGUCCUCUACACAAAUAUUAAUUUUCCUAACUUAAAGGAAGAAUUUCCAGACUGGACUACCAGAGUGAAGCAGAUUGCUAAACUGUGGAGAAAAGCAAGCUCACAGGAAAGAGCACCAUAUGUGCAAAAAGCUAGAGAUAACAGAGCUGCUUUACGCAUUAAUAAAGUACAGAUGUCAAACGAUUCCAUGAAAAGGCAACAACAGCAAGAUAGCAUCGAUCCCAGCUCUCGGACUGAUUCGGAUCUUUUUAAAGACCCAUUAAAACAAAGAGAAUCGGAACAUGAACAGGAAUGGAAAUUCAGACAGCAAAUGCGUCAGAAGAGCAAACAGCAGGCUAAAAUUGAAGCCACCCAGAAACUCGAGCAGGUGAAGAACGAACAGCAGCAGCAGCAGCAGCAGCAGCAGCAGCAGCAGUUUGGUUCUCAGCAUCUUCUGACGCAGUCCGGUUCAGAUACGCCGAGCAGUGGGAUCCAGAGUCCCUUGACACCUCAGCCUGGCAAUGGAAAUAUGUCUCCUGCACAGUCAUUCCAUAAAGACCUGUUUACAAAACAACUACCUAGUACCCCUACUUCUUCAUCUUCAGAUGAUGUGUUUGUAAAACCACAAGCUCCACCUCCUCCUCCAACUCCAUCCCGGAUUCCCAUUCAGGAGAAUCUUUCUCAAUCUCAGAAUUCUCAGCCACCUUCACCACAGAUGUUUUCACCUGGAUCUUCUAACUCUCGACCACCAUCUCCAGUGGAUCCUUACGCCAAAAUGGUUGGUACCCCUAGACCAUCUGCAGCAGGCCAUAGUUUUCCCAGAAGAAAUUCUGUCACACCAGUGGAAAACUGUGCACCAUUAUCAUCUGUGUCUAGGCCCAUUCAAAUAAGUGAAACAACAGCAAAUAGGCCAUCACCAGUCAGAGAUUUGUGUUCUUCCUCCACAACAAAUAGUGACCCCUAUGCAAAGCCCCCAGACACGCCUAGACCUAUGAUGACAGAUCAGUUUUCCAAACCUUUGGGCCUACCUAGAUCUCCUGUAAUUUCAGAACAAACUGCAAAAGGUCCUCUAACAUCUGGAACCAAUGACUCCUUUACUAAACCAUCUCCUAGGGCCGAUGUGUUUCAGAGACAGCGAAUCUCUGACCCAUAUGCACGACCUUCGUUGACAUCUGCUCCUCUUGAAAGUGGUCCUGGACCCUUUAAGACUCCAAUGCAACCCCCUCCACCCUCUCAGGAUCCUUACGGAUCAAUGUCACAGGCACCAAGACGAAUGAGUAUUGACCCUUAUGAACGGCCAGCUUUGACCCCAAGACCUAUAGAUAAUUUUUCCCAUAGUCAACCCAGUGAUCCAUAUAGCCAGCCUCCCCUCGCUCCACAUCCGGCAAUGAAUGAAUCUUUUGCCCAUCCUUCAAGGGCUUUUUCCCAGUCUGGAACUAUAUCAAGACCAAUAUCUCAGGACCCAUAUUCUCAACCCCCAGGAACACCACGACCUGUUGUAGAUUCUUAUUCCCAACCCUCAGGAACAACUCGAUCCAAUCCAGACCCUUAUUCUCAACCUCCUGGAACUCCCCGGCCCACCACUGUCGAUCCCUAUAGUCAACAGCCACAAACCCCAAGGCCACCUACACAAACAGACUUGUUUGUUACAUCUGCACCUGCUCAGAGACGUUCUGAUCCAUAUGCUCAUCCUCCUGGGACACCAAGACCCGGAAUUUCUGCCUCGUACUCUCAGCCACCAGCAACACCAAGGCCAAGGAUUUCAGAGGGUUUUACUAGGUCCUCAAUGACAAGACCAGUCCUCAUGCCAAAUCAGGAUCUUUUCCUGCAGGCAGUACAAAAUCGAGGACCAGGUUUGUCUGGACCUUUGGUCAGGCCACCUGAUACAUGUUCCCAAACACCCAGGCCACCUGGACCUGGUCUCUCAGACGCACUGAGCCGUGUUUCCCCGUCUGCUGCCCGUGAUCCCUAUGAUCAGUCUCCAAUGACUCCGAGAUCUCAGUCAGACUCUUUUGGAACAAGUCAGGUUGCUCAUGACGUCCCUGAUCACCCAAGGCCUGGUUCAGAGGGGAACUUCAGUGCAUCUUCAAACUCUCCACUGAAUUCCCAAGGUCAGCCAUUUUCCAGUGUCUCCCAAAUUCCUGGACCUCUACCGACUUCAGGAGUAACUGAUACGCAGAAUACCAUCAAUAUGUCUCAAGCAGACACAGAGAAGUUGAGACAGCGGCAGAAGUUACGUGAGAUCAUUCUCCAGCAGCAGCAGCAGAAGAAGAUUGCUGGUCGUCAGGAAAAGGGGUCACGGGAUUCACCAGUAGUGCCUCCUCCAGGGCCCCUUCAGCACUGGCAACCAGAGUCUAUCAACCAGGCUUUUACCAGACCUCCUCCUCCGUAUCCUGGGAACAUUAGGUCUCCUGUUGUCCCUCCUCUAGGGCCUAGAUAUGCUGUUUUCCCAAAAGAGCAGCGUGGACCCUAUCCUCCUGAUGUCGCUGGUAUGGGGAUGCGACCUCAUGGAUUUAGAUUUGGAUAUUCAGGAGGUAGUCAUGGUACCAUGUCAAGUCAAGAGCGCUUUCUUAUGUCUCCUCAACAAAUACAAGGAUCUGGAGUUCCUCCACAACUCAGAAGAUCAAUAUCUGUAGAUAUGCCAAGGCCUUUAAAUAACACACAGAUGAAUAAUCCAGUUGGACUUGCUCAGCAUUUUCCACCACAGAGCCUGCCAGUUCAGCAGCAUAACAUAUUGGGCCAAGCGUUUAUUGAAUUGAGACAUAGGGCCCCUGAUGGAAGACCACGGCUGCCCUUUAGUGCUCCUGCGGGCACUGUUAUAGAGGCACCUUCUCAUCCAAGACAUGGAAGCUUCAUUCCCCGGCCAGAUGUUCCAGGUCCUCCACACACAGACCCCAUGAGACGACCUCCGCAAGGUCUACCUAAUCAGCUGCCUGUACAUCCAAAUUUGGAACAAGGACCUCUGUCACAGCAAGAGCAAGGUCACCCUGCCCAUUCAUCAUCUAUGGGCAUGAGGUCCCUGAGUCAUCCCUUAGGUAGUGAAUUUUCAGAGACUCCUUUGUCAACAUCUACACCAACUGAAACAUCUGAUAAUUUACAGAUAACCAACCAGUCUUCUGAUGGUCUUGAAGAAAAACUUGAUUCUAUUGACCCAUCUGUAAAAGAACUAGAUGUCAAAGACCUCGAGGGGGUUGAAGUCAAAGACUUAGAUGAUGAGGAUCUUGAAAAUUUAAAUCUAGAUACAGAGGAUGGCAAGGGAGAUGAACUGGAUACUUUAGGUAAUUUGGAAACUAAUGACCCCAACUUGGAUGACCUCUUGAGAUCAGGAGAGUUUGAUAUAAUUGCAUAUACAGACCCGGAACUUGACUUAGGAGAUAAGAAAAGCAUGUUUAAUGAAGAACUAGACCUUAACGUUCCAAUUGAUGAUAACCAGUGCAUGUCUAUUGAACCAAAAAAAAAGGAGCAAGAAGACAAAACGUUGGUUCUUUCUGAUAAACAUUCUCCACAGAAAAAAUCCACCGUUACUAGUGAGAUAAAAACAGAAGUACCAUCUCCAAAUUCUAAAGAGGAAACCAAAUACGAAAUUGAGAAAAGUGAGGGUAAAGGUGCUGUUGAUGUUCCCUGCUCACAGGCUUCUACUAACACAGACCUUAAUGAUGGAGAAAAGGCCUCUUUGCAGCCUGGUAAUCCAGAUCUACCUGAGGAAAGAAUUAAUCAGGAAACUGCUGACUCCAACACAAGCGUUCAAGGAUCCAGUGAACUGCCUGCUGAAGACGUGAUAAGCUCUUGUGGCAUAACUGGAUCAACUCCUGUUCUCUCAAGUUUACUUGCUAAUGAAAAGUCAGAUAAUUCAGACAUUAGACCCUUGGGGUCUCCACCACCAAGUUUGCCAUCCUCACCAUCCAAUCAUGUGUCAAGCUUGCCCCCUACUUUAAUGACACCGCCCAGUCAUGUUUUGGAUAAUACAUUGAAUUCAAAUGUGGCAGUAGUCUCUAGGGUAAACCACACUUUCUCUCAGGGCCUGCAGGUAAAUCCAGGAUUUGUCCAGGGUCAGUCAACAAGUCACAGUUUUGGAACAGGAAAACCUACAAAUCAAACUGUGCCUCUGACGAGUCAGUCUAGUACCAGUGGCAUGUCUGGACCUCAGCAGUUGAUGAUUCCUCCAACAUUAGCCCAGCAGAAUAGAGAGAGGCCUCUCCUUCUAGAGGAACAGCCUCUACUACUACAGGACCUUUUGGAUCAAGAGAGGCAAGAGCAGCAGCAGCAAAGAAAGAUGCAAGCCAUGAUACGUCAGCGGACAGAACCAUUCUUCCCUAAUAUUGAUUUUGAUGCAAUUACAGAUCCUAUAAUGAAAGCCAAAAUGGUGGCACUUAAAGGCAUAAAUAAAGUAAUGGCACAAAACAAUAUGGGCAUGCCACCAAUGGUUAUGAACAGGUUCCCCUUUAUGGGUCAAUCAGUGGCUGGAGCACAAAACAGUGAAGGCCAGAAUCUCAUACCACAGGCGAUGACUCAGGAUGGCAGUAUAACACAUCAGAUUUCUAGGCCUAAUCCUCCAAAUUUUGGUCCAGGCUUUGUCAAUGAUUCACAACGUAAACAGUAUGAAGAAUGGCUUCAGGAGACCCAACAGCUUCUUCAGAUGCAACAGAAAUAUCUUGAAGAACAAAUUGGUGCACACAGAAAAUCUAAGAAGGCCCUUUCAGCUAAGCAACGUACUGCCAAGAAAGCUGGACGUGAGUUUCCAGAAGAAGAUGCUGAACAACUCAAGCAUGUUACUGAGCAGCAAACCAUGGUUCAGAAACAACUGGAACAGAUUCGUAAACAACAGAAAGAGCAUGCAGAGCUGAUUGAGGAUUACCGCAUCAAACAGCAACAGCAGCAGUGUGCAAUGGCCCCACCUACCAUUAUGCCUGGUGUCCAGCCACAGCCACCCCUUGUUCCAGGAGCCCCUCCACCCUCCAUGAGUCAGCCCAACUUCCCUAUGGUGCCACAGCAGCUCCAGCACCAGCAACACACAGCAGUCAUUCCUGGCCAUACCAGCCCUGCCAGAAUGCACAGUUUACCUGGAUGGCAGCCUACUAAUGCUCCUUCUCACCUGCCCCUCAAUCCUCCUAGGAUUCCACCCCCAAUUGCCCAGUUACCGAUAAAAACUUGCACACCAGCCCCAGGGACAGUGUCAAAUGCAAAUCCACAGAGUGGACCACCACCACGGGUAGAAUUUGAUGACAAUAACCCCUUUAGUGAAAGCUUUCAAGAGCGAGAACGUAAGGAACGUUUACGAGAACAGCAGGAAAGACAGCGAAUCCAACUCAUGCAAGAAGUAGAUAGACAAAGAGCUUUGCAGCAGAGGAUGGAGAUGGAGCAACAUGGCAUGAUGGGCUCAGAGCUCAGUAGUAGGACAUCUGUGCCCCAGAUUCCAUUCUACAGUUCUGACUUACCUUGUGAUUUCAUGCAACCUCCAAGACCCCUUCAGCAAUCUCCACAACACCAACAGCAAAUGGGGCAGGUUUUGCAGCAGCAGAACAUACAACAAGGAUCUAUGAAUUCUCCUACCCAUACUUUCAUGCAAACAAACGAGCGAAGACAGGUAGGGCCUCCCUCAUUUGUGCCUGAUGCGCCAUCAGUUCCUGGUGGAAGCCCAAAUUUCCAUUCCGUUAAGCAGAUGCAUGGAAGUCUUCCUGGGACCAGCUUCCAACAGUCCCAGCUGAGGCCUUCUUUUACACCUGCAUUACCAGCAGCACUUCCAGUAGCAAAUAGUGGUCUUCCAUGUGGCCAAGAACCUGCUGUAACCCAUGGACAAAGUUACCCGGGAUCAAACCAGUCUCUGAUUCAGUUAUAUUCUGACAUAAUCCCAGACGAAAAAGGGAAAAAGAAAAGAACGAGAAAAAAGAAAAAAGAUGAUGAUGCAGAAUCCACCAAGGCACCAUCAACUCCUCAUUCAGAUGUAACUGCUCCACUGACUCCAAGCAUUUCAGAAACUACCUCCACUCCUACAGUGAAUACACCUAGUGAGCUUCCUCAGCAAGUAGAACAAGAGUCAGUGGAACCAGUAGGCCCAACAACCCCUAAUGCAGCAGCCGGCCAGCCGUGCACAGAAUCAGAAAACAAACUCCCCGUUACUGAUUGUUCACAAGGAACUCCAAAUCAACGGACUCAUGCAAAUCCAGAGAUGGAUAAGCUCUCCAUGGAAACGCCUGCCAAAACUGAAGAGGCAAAACCAGAACAGGCUGAGACAGAGCAGUGCCCUGGCCGAGACGAGCCUAAAUUGGAGGAAGAAACCAAUAAUAAGGUGGAAGAAAAAGCUGUAGCCCACCCUGUCUCCUCAGCACAGAGCCCUCCUCUUCCUGUCGGGGGCCCUGCUGCCAAAGGAGAUGCAGGGAAUGAACUCCUCAAACACUUGUUGAAAAAUAAAAAGUCGUCUUCCCUUACAAAUCAAAAACCUGGAGGCGGUUUCUGUUCAGAAGACGACUGCACAAAGGAUGACAAACUAGUUGAGAAGCAGAACCCAGCUGAAGGAUUGCAAACUUUGGGGGCUCAAAUGCAAGGUGGUUUUGGAUGUGGCAACAACCAGUUGCCAAAAAUAGAUGGAGGAAGUGAAACCAAGAAACAGCGAAGCAAACGGGCUCAGAGGACUGGAGAGAAAGCAGCACCUCGUUCAAAGAAAAGGAAAAAGGAUGAAGAGGAGAAACAAGCUAUGUACUCAAACACUGAUACGUUUACCCACUUAAAACAGCAGCUCUCUCUGCUCCCUCUAAUGGAACCAAUCAUUGGCGUGAACUUUGCACACUUUCUUCCUUAUGGCAGUGGCCAAUUUAAUAGUGGGAAUCGACUUCUAGGAUCUUUUGGCAGUGCUACCCUUGAAGGGGUUUCGGAUUACUAUUCUCAGUUGAUAUACAAGCAGAAUAAUUUAAGUAAUCCUCCAACACCCCCUGCCUCUCUUCCUCCUACACCACCUCCUCUGGCUUGUCAGAAGAUGGCAAAUGGUUUUGCAACAACUGAAGAGCUUGCUGGAAAAGCUGGAGUGUUAGUGAGCCAUGAAGUUACCAAAACUCUGGGACCUAAACCAUUUCAGCUGCCAUUCAGACCACAGGAUGACUUGUUAGCCAGAGCCAUUGCUCAGGGCCCAAAGACAGUCGAUGUCCCAGCCUCACUUCCAACACCACCUCAUAAUAAUCAGGAAGAAUUAAGGAUACAGGAUCACUGUGGUGAUCGGGACACUCCUGACAGCUUUGUUCCCUCAUCCUCUCCUGAAAGUGUGGUUGGUACGGCAGUGAGCAGAUACCCAGAUUUGUCAUUAGUCAAAGAGGAGCCUCCAGAACCUGUGCCGUCCCCGAUCAUUCCAAUUCUUCCUAGCAAUACUGGGAAAAGUUCAGAAUCUAGGAGGAAUGACAUCAAAACUGAGCCAGGCACUUUAUUUUUCACGUCACCUUUUGGUACAUCCCCAAAUGGGCCCAGAUCAAGUCUUAUAUCUGUAGCAAUUACCCUGCACCCCACAGCUGCUGAGAACAUCAGCAGUGUUGUGGCCGCAUUUUCCGAUCUUCUUCACGUCCGAAUUCCUAACAGCUAUGAGGUUAGUAAUGCACCAGAUAUUCCGUCCAUGGGUUUGGUUAACAGCCACAGGAUAAACCCCGGUUUGGAGUAUCGGCAGCACUUACUUCUUCGUGGGCCUCCACCAGCGUCUGCAAACCCUCCCAGAUUAGCAAGCUCCUACCAGCUAAAGCAGCCAAAUGCAGCAUUUCCUCCAACAAGCAAUGGUGUUGCUGGGUAUAAGGAUUCCAAUCAUGGCAUUGCAGAAGGCUCGGCGCUCAGACCACAGUGGUGUUGUCACUGUAAAGUGGUGAUUCUGGGCAGUGGUGUGCGGAAAUCUUUCAAAGACCUAACCUUUGUGAGCAAGGAUUCCCGAGAAAGCUCCAGUAGAGUGGAGAAGGACAUUGUCUUUUGUAGUAAUAACUGCUUUAUUCUUUAUUCAUCAACUGCACAAGCAAAAAGCUCAGAAAGCAAGGAGUCCAUUCCUUCGUUGUCACAGUCACCUGUGAAAGAAGUGUCUUCCAAAGCAUUCCAUCAGUACAACAACAACAUCUCCACUUUAGAUGUGCACUGUCUCCCGCAGCUUCAGGAAGGAGUGUCUCCGCCUACAUCACCUCCUAUCUCUUUCCCUCCUGCUUUCGAAGCAGCCAAAGUCGAGGCAAAGCCAGAUGAGCUUAAGGUAACAGUCAAAUUAAAGCCUCGGCUCAGAACUAUACACAGCGGGUUUGAUGACUGUAGGCCUUUAAAUAAAAAGUGGAGAGGAAUGAAGUGGAAGAAAUGGAGUAUUCAUAUUGUCAUCCCCAAGGGAACAUUCAAACCACCUUGUGAGGAUGAAAUUGAUGAAUUUCUAAAGAAAUUGGGCACGUCCCUUAAACCUGAUCCUGUGCCCAAAGACUAUAGGAAGUGUUGCUUUUGUCAUGAAGAAGGUGAUGGAUUGACCGAUGGACCAGCAAGGCUGCUCAACCUUGACUUAGAUCUUUGGGUCCACUUGAAUUGUGCUCUGUGGUCCACAGAGGUCUAUGAGACCCAGGCUGGUGCCUUAAUCAAUGUGGAGCUAGCACUGAGGAGAGGCCUGCAAAUGAAAUGUGUCUUCUGUCAUAAAAUGGGUGCCACCAGUGGGUGUCACAGAUUUCGAUGCACCAACAUUUACCACUUUACUUGUGCCAUCAAAGCACAGUGCAUGUUUUUUAAGGACAAAACAAUGCUUUGUCCAAUGCACAAACCAAAGGGCAUUCAUGAGCAAGAGUUAAGUUACUUCGCAGUCUUCAGGCGGGUGUACGUUCAACGCGAUGAAGUACGGCAGAUUGCUAGCAUUGUGCAGCGAGGAGAGCGUGACCACACCUUUCGUGUUGGAAGCCUCAUCUUCCACACCAUCGGGCAGCUUCUCCCACAGCAGAUGCAAGCAUUCCAUUCUCCUAAAGCACUCUACCCAGUGGGUUAUGAAGCCAGCCGGUUGUACUGGAGCACACGCUAUGCCAACCGGCGCUGUCGCUAUCUCUGCUCCAUUGAGGAGAAAGACGGGCAUCCAGUGUUCGUCAUCAGGAUUGUGGAGCAAGGCCAUGAAGACUUGGUCUUAAGUGACACCUCACCCAAAGGUGUUUGGGAUAAAAUUUUGGAGCCUGUGGCAUGUGUGAGAAAAAAGUCUGAAAUGCUCCAGCUUUUCCCAGCAUAUUUAAAAGGAGAGGAUCUGUUUGGAUUAACGGUCUCUGCAGUGGCACGCAUAGCUGAAUCACUACCUGGGGUUGAGGCAUGUGAAAACUACACCUUCCGGUAUGGCCGAAAUCCUCUCAUGGAACUUCCUCUUGCCAUUAACCCCACAGGUUGUGCCCGUUCUGAACCUAAAAUGAGUACCCAUGUCAAGAGGUUUGUGUUAAGGCCUCACACCUUGAACAGCACCAGCACCUCAAAGUCGUUUCAGAGCACAGUCACUGGAGAACUGAAUGCGCCUUACAGUAAGCAGUUUGUCCAUUCCAAGUCAUCUCAGUACCGGAAAAUGAAGACAGAAUGGAAAUCUAAUGUGUACCUAGCCCGGUCUCGGAUCCAGGGACUAGGCCUGUAUGCUGCUAGAGACAUUGAGAAGCACACCAUGGUCAUUGAAUAUAUUGGGACUAUAAUUCGAAAUGAAGUGGCAAACAGAAAAGAGAAACUUUAUGAGUCUCAGAACCGCGGCGUGUACAUGUUCCGCAUGGAUAAUGACCACGUUAUCGAUGCCACGCUUACAGGAGGGCCUGCAAGAUAUAUCAACCAUUCAUGUGCACCCAAUUGUGUGGCUGAAGUGGUGACUUUUGAGAGAGGACAUAAAAUUAUCAUCAGCUCCAACCGGAGAAUCCAGAAAGGAGAAGAGCUUUGCUAUGACUACAAGUUUGACUUUGAAGACGACCAGCACAAGAUCCCAUGUCACUGUGGAGCUGUGAACUGCCGGAAGUGGAUGAACUGAGCGCAUUCCUCGCCCGAGCGCGGCAACUUGUCCCUAGGAAGAAGUGAUUCAACACGCCAUUUGAAUUUUACAGACAGAAAGAUAACUUUCAUUUUCUGUUUUAUGACUUUUUGAAAAAUAGCUUCUGGGAAUUCUGAUUUCCUUAGUACUUCAGGUUAAAGCAGCCCCAGGAGAAAGCAACUUUCCUGAAGUUCUAAGGCUAAACAGAACCACAGAAUGGUCCAGCACUUUUUCUUUUUCUUUUUCUUUUUUUUUUUCUUUUUCCUUUUUCUUUCUCUUGAUUUUCUUUCUAGCUUUUUUUGUUUUUUGGUGGGUGGGUUUUGUUUAGCUUUUUUUUUCUUUUUAAUCUCACUAAGGAGAAACUUUUACUGGGGCAAAGAGCCGAUGGCUGCCCUGCCUCACGGUGGGGGCCUCCUAUGAAUGUAAGACUGAAAUCACCAGCGAAAGGGAGAUGUCCAAAGUGCUGGCCACGGCCUUAUUUGAAAAGGGGCAGGCCCUCUAAUUUAAAAAUUUUUAAAUAAAGUAGACACCACUGAACAAGGAAUGUACUGAAAUGACUUCCUUAGGGAUAGAGCUAAGGGAUAAUAACUUGCACUAAAAUACAUUUAAAUACUUGAUUCCAUGAGUCAGUUUAUUGUAGUUUUUGAUUUCUGUAAAAUAAGAGAAACUUUUUGUAUUUAUUAUUGAAUAAGUGAAUGAAGCUAUUUUUAAAUAAAAGUUAGAAGAAAGCCAAGCUGCUGCUGUGACCUGCAGAACUAACAAACUCUGUUACUUUGUACAAAUAUGUAAAUAUUUUGAGAAGAAAAUACAGUAUAAAAAUAGUUAUUGACCAAAUGCUAUCAGGCUCUGCAGCAGCUCGGGUGCUUAUAAAAUGUUCCUAGGGAUGUUACAAUAUAAUUUUAUGUUAUUAAAUCUGCCAUUAUAAUUAAUAACCAAAAUUUCAACCUAGACUAUUUGGGAUUUUUUGGAAACUAUGGUCUAUUAGUACUUAAUUGUUUUAUACACCUUACUUCUGAUAGAACGGAGUGUAUGCUAUGACUACAACUUUUAUAGCUGUUUUGGUAAUUUAAACUAAUUUUUUUCAUAUUAUAUUGUUGCAUCCCUACUUCUUCAGUCAGGUUUUUUGUGCUUACAAUUUGUGAUAACUGUGAAUAACUGCUUAAAAAUACACCCAAAUGGAGGCUGAAUUUUUUUCUUCAGCAAAGUAGUUUUGAUUAGAACUUUGUUUCAGGCCGCGAAGAAUCAUGUAAACAUAAUAGGAUAAUGUAGCAGGAACCUAAAUCUAACUCCUUAGCCUUCUGUUUAACACAAAAAAAAUAAAAAUAAAAAAAAAGGAGCGACAUGAUUAUGCUUUUGCAGCUGCAGGACUCCGGCAAUAGGGUUUUGAAAGGUGUAAUUUUAACAUGUGUCUGUAUGAACUGUUUGUUUACAUUUCUUUAAUAAAAACAAAAAAAUACAAACAAAAAAAGACACUGUUUUGUGUUUGCUUGUAGAAACUUAAUCAGCGUUUUGAAGCAGGUUAGCUUUUUAUUUUGUACUUAAAAUUCUGGUACUGACACUUCACGGGCUAAAUGUAAAAUGAAGUUUUUCGUGUGCACAAUAAAGUGGACUGUAAGCUGUGGGUAUAUCAGUGAUACAGUUCUCGACUUGUAAUGUAUAUGGCAUGAUGUAUUUUUAUCUUACAGAAUAAAUCAAGUGUAUAUAUUUUUCUCUUGAUAAAUAGCUGUAUGAAAUUUGUUUCUUGAAUAUUUUUCUUCUCUCGUACAAUAUUCUGACAUCCUACCAGUAUUUGUCCUACCAGGUUUUUGUUUUGUUUUGUUUUCUGUUCUGUAUAAUAGUAUCUAAUGUUGGCAAAAAUUGAAUUUUUUGAAGUAUACAGAGUGUUAUGGGUUUUGGAAUUUGUGGACACAGAUUUAGAAGAUCACCAUUUACAAAUAAAAUAUUUUACAUCUAUAAA